AUGUUUUCCAUUCUGCGCACUUCCGGGUAGCUCAGCUAGCCGACUAUCUUGUGACAAUGACAGUACCAGCAUAAGGGCUGACUGAGCUUCUGAAAAUGAGGAGCAUAUUAUUAAUUGUCUUUCUGGCUACUAGCUGGGUCAACGGUGCAGUAAGGUCAAGAGUUACUACGGAGGAGAUUUAUGAAGAAAACCCAGAGUUGGAUGCUCUGAACUCCAUCCUAUCAGAUUUUGAGGUACUGCCACCGUCAAGCGUCCAGCUGCACUCCGUAAGGAAAAGGGACGUUCACACCCAUUCUCACCUGGAGCGUCUGGUGAGCUUCACAGCCCUGCAAAGACAUUUCAAACUUUACUUGACCACCAACACGGGUCUUUUCACCGACAACUUCAAAGCUGUGUUUGUUGAUAAACAUGGGAAGGAGGAACACUACGAUGUUCAACUUCAGAACUAUUUCACUGGACAUGUUGUUGGAGAGGAGAAUUCACGUGUGCAGGCACACAUAGAAGGAGAUGAGUUUUCUGCUCACAUUCUAACUGAUGAAGCAGAAUAUAAUGUAGAGCCCCUGUGGAGGUUUACAGACUCCCCAGUUGAUGGCAGGGUGCUGGUUUAUCGCUCAGAGGACAUCAGGAAUCUGAGUCGCCUUGUAUCUCCAAAAGUGUGUGGUUACGUCCAUGCAGAGGCCAAGGACCUGCUGCCGCAGACUGUUAGGAGUGAUUGGGAUGGACAGGAGGAGAUGGACCAGAAAACAGGCCACCACCACAGAGAGAAGAGGCAGACUCACGAUCACAGGAAGAACACCUGUCCACUGUUGCUGGUUGCAGAUUACCGCUUCUUUGAACACAUGGGACGUGGACAAGAGAGCGUCACUCUCAACUACCUGAUUGAGCUGAUUGAUCGAGUUGAUGACAUAUACAGAAACACUACUUGGAAUGAAGAAUUCAGAGGCUAUGGAGUGCAGAUCCAUCAGAUCAUCAUCAACAAAGAGGCUACAAAGCCUCCUCCUGGCUUUGCUAACACCAGCUGGGUCCACUACAACAUGGAGAACAGCCCUGUGGCCGGAAGGGAGGUCUGGGAUGUGAAGAGACUUCUGGAGCAAUUCAGCUCAGAUAUAGCUGACAAUGCCUCCGUUGUGUGUCUGGCCCAUCUGUUCACCUACCAGGAUUUUGAUGAGGGCACGCUGGGGCUGGCCUAUGUAGCCCCCUCCAAACCUCAGGCCCUGGGUGGCCUCUGUCCAAAACCAUACUAUCCAUCUCACUCUGCAAAGAAGCCCAGUUACCUCAACACAGGUCUGACCAGCACCAAGAACUAUGGCAAAACCAUCUUAACAAAGGAGGCAGAUUUGGUGACCACUCAUGAGCUGGGCCAUAACUUUGGAGCAGAGCACGAUCCUGACAACAUCCCCUACUGUGCUCCCAGUGACGACCACGGGGGGAAGUUUGUCAUGUACCCCAUCGCUGUGAGCGGAGACCAUGUCAACAACAAGCGUUUUUCCAGCUGCAGCAAGACCUCCGUGGGAAAGACAUUAAGUUUCAAGGCUCCCUUGUGUUUCAAGGAGAGGAACAGUAAGGUAUGUGGGAACUCCAGAGUAGAGAAUGGGGAGGAGUGCGACCCUGGGCUCCUCCACCUCAACGACGACCUCUGUUGCUCAUCCGACUGCAAGUUCAAACAAAAUGCACAGUGCAGCGACAGAAACAGCCCCUGCUGUAGGAAUUGCAAGUUUGAGCAAGCAGGAACAAGGUGCCAGGAAGCGAUUAACGCUACCUGUAAAGGCAUAUCAUCCUGCACAGGCAACAGCAGUGAAUGUCCACCUCCUGAAAACGCUAAAGACAACACAACGUGUGUUGACAAUGGCCGGUGUCUCAAUGGAGAGUGCAAUCCUUUCUGUGAAGCCAUGCAGAACCUUCAGUCCUGUGCCUGCAACGAGACGGAGCACUCCUGUAAAGUGUGCUGCAGAGGAAAAGAUGGCACCUGCUCUCCUUUCAUCCAGGCCAAUGGCAGUUUCCUUUUCCUUCGCAAAGGAAAACCCUGCACUGUGGGAUUCUGUGAUGAGGGCGGAAAGUGCAUGAAGCAGGUGCAGGACGUUAUCGAGAGGCUGUGGGAUUUUAUCGACAAGCUGGACAUCAACACAUUUGGGAAGUUCCUGGCUGAUAACAUAGUGGGCUCUGUUGUGGUGUUUUCCCUCGUCUUCUGGAUUCCUCUCAGUAUCCUUGUUCACUGUGUGGACAAAAGACUUGACCAGCAGUAUGAGGAGAACACAAAGUGCUUCUACCAUCCUCCAAGUAGUCAAGAAAUGCUGAGCAACCUCGAGUCAGCGUCCAUGCACAUCGUCAAACAUCCUCAGCUUCCCUCCUCCUCCGCCGGCCGGACCGCGCCCUCCUCCCAGCCCCAGCAACCUCAGCAGCAGAGCCUGGUCGAGGCCUCUCUCGCGGCCAGCAGCAGUACCCAGGCCCCCGGCCUGAGCUGCGGCCCCACCCCGGACAGCGCAGGGGGGGUGCGGAUGGCCACCAUCCAGGAGGACACCAGCAGCGGCUCUCACCUGGGAGAGGAGGGCCUGUCGGACGAUUUCACAACCGCAGGAGCCUGCUCGUCGGUUACGAAAUCCUCCUACGAGGAUCUGACAGAGCAGAGGCAGUCAGCCAGGGACCGGCGGCGCCUCAAGAGGCAGGACUGCAUUGACUCUAAAGAGACAGAGUGCUAAGAGAAAAUGACAAGUAAUGAUAUGUGUUUUAGGGAACAUGACAAUACGUGCCACGUUAUAUACAUUUUUCUUAUCACAAACAGCAAGUGUUGGAAGGUAAAAGCAUCAUGUUUUGUAGGCCAUUGAAGAACUAAAGACAACAUUUCUGCCAAUUCUAGAUGAGAAUAUUAGUUAGUCGACUGUUACUUUUUCUUGUAAUCUAGUGGCUAAAUCGUUUCUUAAUAUGCACCUUUCUUUCCAAGAACAAAAAGACGAAUUACAGUGCUCUCAACACUCUGAUCCACUACAACUAGUGUCAGUCAGUGUAAAAAAAAAAAAAAAGUGGGCUAUGAUGGAGGUUCAUACGUUUAGAAUACAAAGCAUCAUGUUAACAGAUUCAGCCUUGCAGCACACAGUGUGUCCCUACACACACACACACACACACACACACAUACCCAAAGUACUGUCUCACCAGUUUGCUCCACUAACCGUUUUACAAUUGAAUGAUGUAAUAUUAUCUGUGUUGUAAAUGUUAUUUUUUUCCUGUAAAAGGAAGCAUUUCAGUGCGAUAUGUUAAGCAGUGAACGCUGCACUUUGAUCUAAAAAUGACCUGAAUCUGUGUCAUAAUUGCACUUGAAGUAUUUUUCACAUCACUGGAGGAUUUAAAUAAGUUGUAUACAUGCUCUUACUGUGCUGUGUGUUGUCAUUGGUAUAUUUAAAAAAAAAAAUGCAGGCUUGUAUAUUUUAACCCCUUUGUUCUGGAGAUGCAGCAUUUUUAAUACUGUGCAAGGAUCGAAUGAUGGCCUCGAGCAGUAUUACACUUAUUUCAUUUAGUUGUCUUGUAUUCUCUGUGUGGUUUGAUCCUUGUAGGAAACAACAUGGUGCCUUUUAAGAUUUUGUGCCUAAAUGUUCUGAGCUGUCUUACUUUUCUGUGAAAAAGAAUCUGGACAAUCCCAAAUUUAGUUUUAAAAGAACCUGUCUGAGGUGCUUGGACAAUAUUUUUCUGCUUGGUUGUCUGUCCCUGUCCCAAUGUGAAUUAUGCACCUCUUUCUCUUAUUUGUCACACCCCUGUUGCCUGCUGUGUCACAAAAAUGGUGAAAUAUGUAUUUAACUGUAGACGGAGAAGAAAAAAGACUGUAGCUAACAUUGAUCAUACUGGAUGGAUGUGAACUGUUACACAGCUAGGAGAUAUCGCGUGUGAUUCAUUUUGAUGUGUAUAUUCUUAAUGUUUCUAUGCAUACAAAUGUCCACCCUUGAGUUCUUUUUUUUUUAAGUUUCUUGCUUGUAUUACCCACACACAUCUAAAAAUAAAAAUCUUUAUUGUGCAUUUCAA